AUGGUUUUGACUUGUCGCUUUCCAGUUCUGCUAACGCUGUGCCAAAUGUUUUCCGGACUAAUCGCACAGCACUGCAGUCGUCAAGUUUCCGUGUAUGAAAUGAUGCUUCAACGACACAUCUUCAAGAUACUCAUAGUCGAGACCUCUAACACACUUGAGUGUCUUACGGCCUGUAACGACGAGAAGAGAUGUCAAAGCUUCAACUUCGUCGUUUCCAAGAACAUCUGUGAGAUGAAUAACCGCACUAAGGAAGCCAGACCUGAAGACUUCGUCCUUGACUCUGAUCGGUAUUAUUAUGGAAGAGUUAGAAACAGAGGUUUGUUAUUAGUAGGAGAAAGAGAGAAAGUAAAACAUUUCGAGGGAGAGAUGCUGACCUUUCUGCUAUAGCUGAAAGCAAGCGUUGGACAAUGUUUUUUAUCAUUAUUUGUACCCUCGAACAGAAAGUAAGCAACGGAAAUGUUUUAUUGAUUAUCAUUAUCUAGUUAUUUAAAAAUUUCUUAUACAUUUAUUUAUUUAUUUAUCUGUUUCUCUAUUUGUUUGUAUUUUCUUAUCAAAAUCCUUUACGUUUUUCUUCGUUUAAGAUCUGUGAGUCAUCCGCAACUGUCAGUUUCUUUUUUCAGAAAAGUUACUGUAAACAUAUUCUUGUCAUCGUUCAGUUCCACUGGGAUCCAUUCCCGAGCUUCCUGCUGAAUCGUGUAAAGAAAUUAAGGCCAGUGAAGGAGAACAAGCGGUCAGCGGCAACUACUGGUUUAAAUCAAAUCUACCUAAAUAUGCCGUUUUGGUUCACUGCGAUAUGAAAACGGAAGGUAAAGCAUAA